AUGGAGGGCGUACCAAUGGCUGAUCUGCAGCACUGGCAAAUCCUCUACCGCCUCCCUAAAUCCGAUUGUAGGGGCUCCACCAAUGCGCGUCCAGGUGCUGAUUUGGCAGCGGCGGCGUGUCCCGACCCGACAAUGAGGCAGGCAAAGCAACCUUCUCCGUCACGGAUUAACCGUGACCUUCGAUUGGAGGCAGUUGGAUUGCCCGCCUCCAUUAAUCGUUUUUGCCAGCCUCUGGUAUUUACUAUGCAUGACAAAUGGAAAGUGUUCAGAGGGGAUAGCGCGGCUGCAAAUGAUUUGCUAUUCACAGUGAAGAGAACAUCCAUUUUCCAACUGAAGACAAAGUUGGAUGUCUUUCUGGCUGGGAAUACCACAGCAGAGCAGGUAUGCGAUUUCAAGAUCAAGGGUAACUACUUCGAGCGGUCUUGUGCCUUCUAUCGUGGCAACUCCAACGUACUGAUUGCUCAAAUGAAUCGCAAGUUUACUUUGUCAAAUGUGCUACUCGGAAAGGACACGUACAGUGUUAGCGUGUUCCCUCACGUGGACUACUUAUUCAUCGCGGCUCUUGUUGUGAUUCUGGAUGAGAUACACAGGGAUCAAUCCAAAUGA